AUGCGUCGCGCAUCUGCAGACAUGAGCGACCCCGAUCGUAACAUUAUGGAAUCGACCGGCAUGCCAGAAGAUACCGCAGACCUCGAUCUCAUAUCCGAGAGAGAGGAUUCCCCCUCGAAUCGAAUCCACACUCCACCACCACGCAUCGCAGCAAGAUUCUAUCGCCCCACCAACAAUCGACGUAAAUCCUCGGCUGCAUCCUCGAGACGAAAUUCUAUAUCUUCAGUUCAAUCACAUGGCUCAAGUCGUCAUGGCGGACAUGCCGGUAUGGCUGGUCCGCAGAGUAAUCAUAUUGCUCAACAUUUACGCAGAGCGAGUAUUCUUGAGGACCGAAAGGCUAGAUUGGCGGAUAGAGCUGCGCAUGCGGAGAAAGUUCGAUUGAGGGCUGCAUUGGCCAAAGCGGCACCGAGGAGUACUACAAAUACGGAGGAGAGAGCAUUGGCAGCUCAGCAAGCGAGGGAGAAGAAUUUGGCGGAGAUUGUUGCGAGUUGUGCGGAAGAAGUUAAGAGGGCAAAGGGGAUCGCAGAAAGUAUGAAAGAGAGAAGGGAGUUGGAGGGGAAGAAGCUGAGAAAGGAAAUGGAAGACAAACUUGCGGAGGCUGAAAAGAGGAGAGAGGAAAUCUUGAGUCGAAAUGGUAUUGGCAAACGAGGAAGAAGCUUGAGUAAUAUGAGAAAGAGCUCGAGUCCAAUUCCAGUGACCGAGGUCAAGAGGACACCACUUACCGAGUCAGCGGCAGCAAAAAGAAUUCAGACUAGAUGGAGGAUUCAUAGACGUUGGAAGGCACUACAUGCUUUUGCAGAAUUGGGGCUCACAAUCGAUGGAGUACGAGAAACUUCUUUCGAGGAAGUGGUUGAUUUAUUGGCACAGGAGAAAGUUCUCGUUAGUACGGCACAUAUCCUAAGAAUCUGUGGACUCAAAGAAGGAGAAAGUGGAUCGGUCAACGAAAUGACAGCCGUCCGAACAUUUCUCAGCGCUUUCCUUAUCCUUGGUCACCCUACACAGGUCUUGAGUAGUAAAGGUGAUAAAGGAGAGCAGGAACAGGUAGGAGCGCAACUGAUGAAGAGGGAUGAUUUGGCUAAUCCUCAAUUACAGGACCUCGUUGCAAAAGCCCGAGAUCUACUUAUUUCUUUUGAAACCGUCUUGUCUAGGUUGACAACGGCGAACAAUUAUACCCCUCCUCCUGCUCAGUUAUCGACAUUGUCGGAAGUUUAUGCAACGUUCUUCAAUGCAUUCAUUGCUUGGAAAUCCAGAGAUGCGAGUACACUUAUUGAUAUGAUGGUUUUGCAGUUUGUGGAAUUGGAUUCGAUAUGGCAAACUGUUAAGGAUAGUACAGAAGAAGCCGUCACUGAUUCAUAUCGUGAUGGAAUUAGAGAGAAUCAACUUAAACUGAUGGUCAGAAUCAAACGACUCGCUGGACCCGCUCAGGGGAAGCGAUUGAUCGCAACUGCCAUUCGAGAAGCAAGGAAAGUCAAACAGGUCAAGCAGCCCACUGGAGAUUCGAAACCCCGUGCAACAGAAACCGGAUCAGCAUCUCCUGUUAUCGAAGAUUUUAAUGCUUCCGAUGCUACCGUUACAUCUCAUUUACAAACUCUUACACCGCCUGCCACACCGGUCAAACAACGCCGUGGACAAAGUACUGAUGCGGAUAACUUACGAUCUGUUAACUCCAUACUCCCGAACAACCGAAUCUUGGUUCAUGAAUUGGCCAUUAACAAAGAAUACCGUAUCUCAAUGGAAGACUGUCUUCAGCAACGAGGUGUCGUUAAUCAACUCAUCUUCGAUUCCAUGAGACAAGAAGUUGCAGCUGGAAAUAGUGAUCCUUGGGUUCUUGUCAUGGCCGAUAAUAUUAAGGGAAAACUUCAACGUCUUCUUACUCCUGGGAAUUCAAUGUACAAACUCAUUGAAGAUUCCCUCGAUACAGAUCUGGUAGCAUCAGAGCUCAAGAAUGGCCGAUUUUCAUACGAAAUUUUCUUCAAUUUCAUGGGUAAUAUUCUCCCUCGUCUAUGCGCUCCUUUCCGAGACGAUGAGGUCAAAAUUCUUGUUGAGACUACUCUCAAAGAGGGUGAUUUUGUCGAUCGUCUUCAAUCAUUGAUGCGCUUCAUUGAUUUAAUGCAACUCGACUAUGCCAAUUUUAUGCUUCAACAAUCAGCUCCUGAACUUAUCAAACAUGCUUCCACAUAUGAAACUAAACAGUUCUCGGAAGAGAUGGAAGAAACCAAUAACGAUCUUACCAUAACCACAACAGCCUGGCGCGAAGCUCGUCAGAAAGUCUUUGCCGAAGCAGCUCGUCGAGAUCCCGAAAACAUUAGCUUACCGAGAAACAGACCUACGCCAGAGAAGACCUACAUUCAGAUGUUAGUGGAUAUAUGUACAUCUGCACCAGGGAUCCCGGUGCCAGAAACCUUGAAGCUGGACAUGGGAAGGAUUGAGAUGGCUAGGAAAGAUUCUCUCCGUAUCGUCACUACUUCAGCAAUUCUUCUCCAGGUUAAAAAUAUCCUCAAGCGAGAUGUGAGGAGUCAGUGGAAAACCGAAGCUUCAAGACUCUUUUCCGUACUUGAAAAUUCCAAGGAGUCAGAACAAGCGGAACAGGGCAUCACGGCCGCAUUGGAAAGUAGUAGGAGUAUGCCCAUGGCCACCAAAAAUCACAUUCGCGAAUUAGUCAAGAGGAUUGUGGCUGCGGCUUCGGCUGCAAGUUCUAGUGAAGGAGAACUCCGUGAACCGGUCAUGAAACUUUUGAUGGCUAGAUUAAGGGGUUAUCUAAUUCAAAGAUUGGCAAAGGAGAAUCCAAGGAAUGAUGGGAAUGGUAAUGAAGGCAUUGCAGGAUUGGGUAUGCCAGAGUUUGUGGCGAAGAUUGGGGGGAUUGUGGAGGUUAUGGGGAAGAUGGGGAGAGUAGAUAAGGAAGCUCAUGGAAUUUGGUAUGAGGUUGUUGAGAAAGCGGCUGCGGACGAAGCUUGA